AUGGCAUCUGUCGACAGUGGGGACGUAGGGAAUAUAGAUGCCCUUCUGAGAGCCGCAGAAAUAUUAGAGAAGAAACUGUACAGUAAAGGUGGCUAUGACACAGCUGAUGCACUCCGUAAUAUUAGUGUGAGCCAGUUUGUCGAUUGGCUAAAUUCUGGAGAACAAACUGACGCUGAAACAACUCUGGAUAAUAAUAUUGCUUCAACUAUCCAAGUAGAGCUUGCGAAUCUCAUUCAAAUGUCAGGAUGCCAAAAAGUCAGUGAUUUCCAAACGGCAUUUGGAUCUGGUCACAAUGCAAAUUCUUCAAAAUCAAUAACUCUGAGUUAUCAAGAUGAUGAUCCCGCGUUCAUAUAUCAUCCUAGUAACUGGAAGCACUGUGAUACGUCACACCUGAGAUCAGAUUGUAUUUCUUCAAACGUUUCGCCAAAUCACUAUCGUAUACUUACAGCUGCUUCAGGCGUUAGCCAAUUGUCAGAAUCAUCACUAGUGGGAGGAACAGGAGAUGAACCUGAUGGACUAUCAAAUACAAGUGAUGACGUUUGUAUGGACAACUCAAGUCAGGAUAGUUUCUCAGGCAACUUGAUAUCUGUUCGUCCUUCUGCAAAUACGUUACACGCUCUUAACUCAUCUCCUGGUCCUGAAUGUAAUGGCAAUGUGGAUGCUGUGUACUAUAAAUCUCGUUUAAGAUCAGCUUUAUUGACACCAUAUUCUCCUGGCUGUGAAAUACAUUCCAAUGAUACUCAGCAGUCAAGUGAAUCCUCUCAUAAAGAUGCAUCGGUUACUAAUUUAUUGCCUACACAUCAAGCGACUACUGGAAAUAUUGUGUCAGGAGUGUGUUCUAGUCAAACAUCUCCACAGAGAAUGUCUGGAAGCGGUGAUGAUUCGGAUCAGCUAGAAGCCAAACGCCAAACACCUGGAAGCCCUAGAAGUAUUACAACUCUGCAACAACAAACCUCCUGGAGUGCACCUCCGUCUGUCUCAUCGAGUAGUUGUGCUACUCCAGAUAAAGAGUUUUGCGAUAUCCCCACUCAAAUUGAUACUCCUCAACUUGUUUAUCCAAAUCGUCCAUCACGAUUUAGCUGUUCAAGCCUACCUGUAAAGAAACGCAAAUUAGAUUGGAAACAAUCAAGCAGUAAUUCUUCUGAUCUUCAGUCACCUCACAAACAUCUAUUUCAAUCAAAGAAAGUUUUAACUAACAGCCCAUCUGAUUUUGUUACCACUAGUUCUACACUAUCCACAACUUUAAGUCGCAACUUUUUCACCUGUUCCUUGAGUAAAGACAGCAUUCCAGAGAGACGGCAGUCAGUUGGCGCUCUACCUGUAUCAAAUAUUGGUCACCAACUUCUUGCAUCAAAAAAUACUAUCCCUCUCCUGAGAACUUGUUCCGUUCCUGUAGACAAUAAUCAACCGAUUAUUGAUUCUCCUUCAAAACCACUGGAUUCUUUGGAGUUUCAUAAUCACCAUCCACUUGAAGAGAAAAAAUCGUCAAAAACGCACUAUCAGAACCAUUUUUCUGUACUAGCUCGUACACUGGCUGGUUCAGAUAAUGAUACUACUUCUAUGCAUUUGAUGAAGCAGUAUUCUUCUGAAUCAGUGGCACUGCACAAUAGUUCAGAUUAUUUGAAAAUUGGAAAAGAUAAUACUUUUCAUGACAAUAAAAAACAACUUUCUCUAGCAAAUGUUAAUUUGCAUAAUACUACCAAUUAUUAUGGCAAUAUCUCUAAUAAAGCCGAAGGCAUCUACACCUCUGAAUUUCAAGAUUCAUCUUCUGCAAUUGCCGCAGGAAAAACACAGACAACUGAUUUGUUGUUUCGUCCACCGCGUAAUACUUGGAAACAUCGGCAUAAUAUUCUUAAUAAUCAUGAUACAGUCAUUAACACAACCAAAGCACCUGCAUAUUAUACUUCAGAUUGUUAUCAGAAACAAGAUUGCCUUUCCAGAAUACUGACUCCUAAGAAUUCAGAUACAUCUCUAUCCGAUCAUUAUCACCAAUAUACUAACCGGUCUGAUGGAUCACCAAUAAUAGAGCGUAAACAAGGCGGUCUGAUACAGAAUCUAUCCUACGGUGAAUAUUUACCACAAUUAUUGAGCAGACAUACAACCAAAGAAGAUAGUUUGUGUACUGUGGAUACAUUGAACCGCAAACGUCCCAAUGGCAUAGACGAGGCUUCAUUGAAAGCAGAUGCUGCCUAUUCCACAUUUCAAAGUCACAGUAGAAACCAACCAUAUCAAAAGUCAUCUAAUGUAGUUAUUCAUCCUAAAACGCCUGAGUCUUCUGUAGCUACUAUAACUACUACUACCAACACUGUUGUUAAACCGUAUUUUAGUAAUUCUGCUAUUCAGACCGAUGUCAGGAGUGACAGUAAACUUGUUCCUGCAAAUUCUAGUCCUGUUGCAAUAGACUCUGGAGUAGUCAGUAAAGAACCAAUGAAUCAUUUGAAGUCUUCAUCUGUAGAAUCUUCUUAUAAGACGUUACCUGUCACCUUAUCAUCACCGUCAUCUAUUUUAUCGAAUCAAAUGAAUGUAAAUGGUGCGCAUGUUAUUAUGAUGCUGUCACCAUCAAAUACAGUUCCUACAUCUCUCCUUUCUUCAGUUUCAAAUCAGAUGAUGUCAUCGUCCUCAUCCAUAGCAGAUACUAAGCAAACACCAAGCAAUUGCACAGGCAAAAAGCAGUUAAUUAACUCUUCACACAUUCAAAACUUAAACAAUUUUGGAGUAAGUUUAAACUCAGGAACAUCAAAGUUUCCUUUACUUUUGGUGUCUGCUUCGUCGUCUGCUAGUGCAGCUGCUUUAGCAGAAGCUGCUGCAUUAGCCACAGGAGCUCCACCUACAAGUUUAGUACCUGUUCCUGUACAGGUUACUACCUACGUGCCACCGUCAAAAGAUCAGAAUAAUGGUGAUCAGAGGAAUAGUCAAAGUAAUAAUUCCUAUUUCCUAAAUGAAAACAAUAAUACCUCAAAUCAACAUUUUAUACUUUCAGUUAUGAUGAAUGAUAAUGAUGAGAAAUCACCUUCAGCGCCGAUGGGUAUACGACAGAUACCACUUGUUUUAAGUGCUCCCAUUUAUCCCUCACAUUCAAACUCCACUACCACCACAAUCACCAAACAUAAUGAUGCUAACAGUGCACAACGUCUUAGUCCUACAUCGGAAUCCAGUUGUAUCCCAUUUACCAUCACAUCCAGGGCCAGUGUGACCCCCCAUCAAACUGCAUGACUCAUCCACGAGAAUGACG